GGAGAGGGGAAUCUUUGGUUUUAUUUUGUUGGCAUUUUGCUACGAGAAAAGAGAAAGAAUCAUUUCUUCUUCUUUCAAUCGUAUCCAUUAAUUUUCUCCUCCUCCACCUGUUUGAAUUCUGCAUUGUCGUUCCUCGCAAAACCUAAAAGAAAGAACACAAACAAUUCUGCAUUUUGCAAUAACUUUGGUCGUCGAGCGGGUUCUUGGGUGUUACUACACUUCUAAUGCCAAGGGAAGCUGCUGAAGGCAAUCUUAAUUCCAGGAGGAGCUCAAAAAUGGAUGUUCUAAGACCAGAUCAAAAUUUGUUUUCCCCUCACUCUAGUGCUUCAAAAUUCUUUUGAAGGGUCAACAUGUCUUCACGAGCCUACAGCUCUGAUGAUCAAGCUCCUGUUGAACCAGGUCCACGGAAAAGGUUGGAGAAACUGCUGAGUCAAUCAUGCAACAAGCACUGUGCAGAUUGUGGAUCUACAGAUCCAAAAUGGGUAUCUAUAAGUCAUGGAGUGUUUAUUUGUAUAAAGUGUUCUGGUGUCCAUCGAAGCCUUGGAGUACAUAUAUCAAAGGUUUUAUCAGUCAAGCUAGAUGAAUGGACAGAUGAUCAGGUCACUGCUUUCAUGGAGAUGGGCGGGAAUAUAGUUGUAAACAAGAAAUUGGAAGCUUGUAUGACAGAAGAUUAUAAAAAACCAAAAUCAGAUGCGCCUAUAGAGGAGAGAGCGGAAUUCAUUAGGAGAAAAUAUGAGAUGCUAGAGUUUACAUACUUCAAUGAAAAUAUGACAUGCCCCUAUAAUCCCAAUAUAAACUCACAUGGCCAUGGAUCUUCUCAAGACAAGACACAUUAUGAGAAACAAACAACCAGACAUCGAAUCGGGAGUGCAUUGAGAAAUAGUUGGGGAAGAAAAGAUGCAGAGCAGAAGCAAAGCAAGAAAAACAUUUGUUUGGCAGGAAUGGUCGAAUUUAUUGGCUUGAUUAAGGUGAAUGUAGUAAAAGGAACCAAUCUUGCAAUCCGGGAUAUGGUGACAAGUGACCCUUACGUCAUCCUUGCAUUAGGUCAUCAAUCAGUGAGAACUCGAGUCAUAAAGAACAACCUCAACCCUGUGUGGAAUGAAAGCCUUAUGUUGUCAAUCCCAGAUCACGUCCCUCUCCUUAAAGUGCUUGUUUACGAUAAGGACACCUUCUCCACAGAUGAUUUUAUGGGGGAAGCAGAAAUUGAUAUUCAACCUCUUGUUUCUGCUGCAAGGGCGUACGAGACAUCAUCGAUAAACGAGUCGACACAACUAGGAAAAUGGGUGGCAAGCAAAGACAACACACUGGUCAAAGAUGGUGUCAUCUCCUUAAUAGAUGGUAAAGUUAAGCAAGAAAUCAGUUUGAGGCUGCAAAAUGUUGAGAGGGGAGUGCUUGAGAUUGAGCUUGAAUGUGUCCCUCUGACUCAAUGAUAACAUUACUAUUAUUAUUAUCAGUAUGAACCCAUUAUUUGAGAGAAGUAUAUCAAAUGCACCCCAAGGGGGAAAUAAAGAGGCUAACUAUCUUAUUAUUCAAGAUAGAGGGAUUGGCAUUCUGUAACUCUCUUGCGAAGGAGUUUGGCUUGAUUCACGUUAGAGGGAUUGAAAAUAUCCAAGCUUUUGUGUGAAUCUUUUGUAAAUUUCAUCUUUUUUCCUUCAAUGUUUCAUUUUUCUGUCCAACGAUUAUGCUUUCGAAAGGAAGAAAAUCUCAAAGUUGCGAAUAAAGUUACGAUACCUAGAACAUUACUUUUCUUGGCUGCUGAAUUGUAAAGAUAUGUGAAUAUGUACUUA